CAUACCAUAAAUAACGGUAACAUAACCAAUAAAAAUAAUAAAAAAAUUUUACAAGUUAGCGCAACUGAAACUACGUCAAGUACUACAGAUAUAAAAACUAAAACCAAAACAUCAUUAACAAACGCAGUAACAACUACAAACGCUAAAACAACAAUAACAACAACAGCAGCAGCAACAAAAAGCAUAGUAAGAAUAACUUUAGCACCCACAAACGUAAAUACAAUUGACUGCUGGAUGCCAUCAUUAGCAGAAAAAUUGCAAUUGCGUAAGCAGCAGCUAACAACAGCAACAGAAGCUGUUGUCGUAACAGCAGAGGCCACAGAAGCUGCACUAAAAGUACUGGAAGCAGUGUUAAUAAAGGAACAAGAACAACAAGCACACAUACAAGAGCAGCAAACGUUGAUUUACUGCAAUCAGCUGCGAAAACAGAUUCUUUUAAAGCAAACACUUCAAAAACAUAAACAAACGCAACAGAAACAGAACCAGAACCAGAAACAGGAACAGAAACAGGAACAACAAGAACAACAACAGUGCCAUGAACUUUUGCAUGAAAAACAAAAACAACCAGCUGAACAACAAUUCAAAGAGUGGCAAAAUAAACUUCAAUAUGUAAAUUAUUUCUUUACUGAGAAACAACAACAAAACAAUUACAUGGAGUUGAAUAUCAAAGCACAGCAGCAGCAGCAGCUGCAGCUGCAGCAGCGCCAGCAGCAGCUAAAACAACAACAGGCGUACAAAAAUAAGAAACCUAAAAAAUAUUUUCAUUUUAACAUAAGCACAGCAUUCAUAAGCUUGGGACCCAUUUUUACAUUGAUGAUCAGCAUUCUCAGUUAUCAAGGACUUGAAACUUCCGCUGCAAUUGUACCACCGCAAACAGACCAAAACUUAGAAAUACCACAGCAGCAACAGCAGCAACAACAGCAGCAACAACAAACUGAAGCUCAACCUCUUUUGUUAUUUAUUAAUAAAUUCAAGAACAGCAGCAACAAUAACAACAAUUACAGCAACAGAAAUAAUAAUCAACAGCACUUCACAACACUUGUAGCACCACUUGAAGCUGCAAAUCACACCUUCAAGAGCCUGUCAAUCAUCGAUGAGUCAAGAAUUGAAAUGGAAACGGAACCGAAUCCGCAAUACACACAACAGCAACAGCCACCGGAUCCACAAUUCGACUACGGCUUGUUACGGAACAUCACAGUACGCACUGGUCAGGCCGAGGCCGUAAUUUUGUGUCGGGUUGAUAUGCUCUAUGAUAAAUCGGUAUCCUGGAUACGUAAACGUGAUCUGCAUAUUCUGACAGUAGGCUCUGCUACUUACACAACGGAUCAGCGCUUCAAGGUAACAAUAUCAAAGGACCAACGUGAAUGGAUGCUGCAUAUUAAAUCACCACAGCAACGGGACUCCGGCAUCUAUGAAUGUCAACUAAAUACCGAGCCAAAAAAGUCGAUAGCUUAUCAUCUCAAUGUAAUACAUAUUUCGCCAAAUGUUAGAGCCGUCAUCAAAGGACCGGCUGAUCUACAUUUCAAAGUUGGCAGCACUAUUAUACUUAAUUGCAUUGUGAAUCAGCCCUCCGUUAGGGAUGUGAGUCGAUUUUAUUGGUUUCGUGGUUAUAAGUUGAUAACACCGAUUGAGACAAUCGAUGACGAUGGCAACAUCCAGCAUAGCUAUGAUGGCUACAAUGGUUACGACCAACAAAACAACAAUAUUCAAAAAGAUUUCGAUGGUUACAGACAUGCCAUCGGUGCUCAGCAUAAUGCAAAUGCAAAUGCUGAUGAUAUCGAUGAAAAAGCACACGAAUUAACCAAUGAAAUUACUUUGGAUUUUGCACAGCGCAUCGCCAUAGAAUCGCAUAUGGGCGAUACACUUAAAUCAAGACUACGCAUAUCUAAUGCACAGACAAAGGAUACAGGGAAUUACAGUUGUGUACCGUCAACGGCGUGCGGCGCCAGCGUCAUGAUUCACGUGAUUAAUGAUGAAAAUCCUGCCGCAAUGCAAAAAGGUGCUGCGGUUGGCUUGUAUGGUUUUUCUGCACAACAGGCAACUUUGAUGCUUGCCAUUGUUUAUUAUUGCCGCACUUUAGCCAACAAUUUUAUUGUUGGUGUUGAUGUUGCCGUGGCUUCUGCUGCCGCUGCUACAAUUGCUAAUUUGGCCGUUAACGUUCCAAGCGGCAAAACUAUGGCACUUCUCACUGUUCCUGCUACUGGAGGAUAUGACAUAUUUACGCGCAUUGUCGAGCUCGUAAGUAGCUGGUAUUGCGAUUGCGAUGGCGAUGUUGUCGUCGUCCUUGCACUCCCACACAUUUUAAUCCUAAUCAUCAUAUUCCUGGUAAAGGCGAAGGCAUUUUCUAUUGCGUCGGAGUUUUUGCAUUCUGUGGAUGCUGGCGUAAUACCAAGAUAAAAAGCAAGAAAAUAAAAAUGAAAGUGAAAUGAUUUCUACUUUCCUUAUUUAUUUCCUUUUUAUAUGUACGCUAUCAUUUUUCGUUAUUAUUUCCUUUUAUUUGUAUAUCUUUCGUUAUUCUCUGUUCUUAGAGAAAUAUUUACAUCUCUUAUU